GGCCGACGGUGCGGCGUGGCGCGCCGCUAGGGAGAUGAUGAGGCCUCUCUUCAGCCGCGAUAACGUCUCCAGGCUGGACCUGCUCGAGGCGCACGUCCAGACGCUGUUCCUCUGCAUCGAAAAGGAGGCGACCGUGACCGCGACCGCGAAUGGACCAUGGUGGUCCGCCGCCGUAAGCCUCGCCUCGCUGUUCCCAUGCCUCACCCUGGACUCCGCAACAGAACUCUUCCUAGGCCAAAGCACAUCCACCCUCUCUGCCCGCUUGCACAACGACCGAACCCACCCAGGCACAGCCUUCAACCACGCCUUUGAAAAAAUGCUCGCCGUCCUCGGCACGCGCAUGCGUCUCCGGGGCUUCUACUGGGUCUACGGGAACAAAGACCUACACUCCUGCGUAUCGACGCUCCACGCCUUUGUCGACGCCGCCAUCGCGGCAUCAGACAGCGCAAAAGCCCAGGGUUCCUCCCUAGCGCGCUACGAUUUCCUCGACGUCCUCCGCGCGCGGUGCGUCGGUGGGGACGAAGAAGUCCGCGAGCAGGUGUUGGGAUUACUCGCCGCCGGGCGGGAUACCACUGCCUCGCUGAUGAGUUGGGCUUGGUACUGCCUCGUCCGCAACCCGCGCGUGUUCACCAAGCUCCGGGCCGAAAUCACAUCAACCUUUGGAUACUACUACUCCUCCUCUUCAACAGACCCUUCGGAGACAACAAUGACGUUCGCGUCUCUGAAGCAGUGUACCUACCUCCAACACGUCCUCUCCGAGACCCUCCGCCUCCACUCCGUAGUCCCCUUCAACUCCCGCCGCGCCCUCUGCGACACAACCCUCCCCACGGGCGGCGGACCCCUCGGCACCGACCCCGUCUUCGUGCCCGCGGGGACGGAAGUCAAUUUCAGCACGCACGUGCUCCACCGCCGCAGAGAUCUCUGGGGCGACGACGCGGAUGAGUUCGUGCCAGAGCGGUGGGAGACUAAAAGGGGGUCCGCGGGCGCGGCGUGGCAUUUUGUGCCGUUUAAUGGUGGGCCGAGGAUCUGUAUCGGGCAGCAGCUUGCGCUGACGGAGGCUGGGUAUGUGGUUGCGAGGAUGUUGCAGAGGUAUGAGGCUGUGGAGGGGUUGGAUGUGGAUGUGACGAGGGAUUGGCAUAAUUUUACGGUGGUUUGUGGGCCUGGGAGCCCGGUUGAUCGGAAUGAGGCUGUUUUGUGUCGGUUGAAGGUUGCGGGGGUCUAAGAGGGUUUGUUGUCUGAGAUGUCACAGGCCACCUGCACAGAUAUGAACAUGAGCUUCGUCGGUCAGUCAAGUAAGGUAAGAUACCUUGCUUAUGGCACUUAGGUAUCUGUAUCACCAGGUUGAAUGCUCGUCAGGAGAGAACGCGAUGUCCGCUGUGAUCCAAAUUAUACCGUCAUAUCCGACGAGAUACCGAGAAUGUUGCGAGGUUCCAUGGAGAUGAACGUUAACACUUUCCGCGUGCACCACG